AGAGUAUAAAAGAGGCAGGGUCUUCAUUUUUUGCUCUACCUUCGCUGUCUGCCAUCAUGUCUUUCUCUGGAAAAUAUCAGCUGGAGUCUCAGGAGAACUUUGAGCCUUUCAUGAAGGCCCUUGGUCUCCCUGAUGAGCUCAUCCAGAAAGGUAAAGACAUUAAGAGCGUCUCUGAAAUUGAGGAGACCGGGGACGACUUCAAGGUGACUGUCACCACUGGCACCAGUGUCAUUAACAAUUGUUUCACCAUCGGAAAGGAGACAGAGCUGCAGACCAUAACUGGAGAAAAGGUCAAAGGAGUGGUGCAUCGGGAUGGCAACAACAAGCUGAAGGUUUGUCUCAAAGGAAUAGAGUCAGUCACAGAACUGGUGGAUGCCAGCACGAUUGUAAAUACUAUGACACUUGGCGGGAUUGUUUACAAAAGAAUAAGCAAACGCAUGUAAAGGUUUACACUUGAAAUAAAAACUUGAAAGCAGCAA